UGCCCCGACUGAAGUAACGUGAGACCUCCAGACACUGCAAGGAAACGCACAACAGCAGCAGCAGCAGUAUAGCAGCAGCCGAAAGUUAAACAGAGCUGAAAACUGAUGCAGUCCUAGGCGUGCAACGACCGUCCGAACCCAGUCUACACUGGGACUCCUCUGCUUCUCGGCAUUUGUCGUUCAACACGCAGAGGCUACAAAGGGAUGGAAUCAAUGGACGAGCGUUAAUAUACAUCAUAGAGGGUUUACCUUUCACCUAUUAUUUGAGGGAUUUUAUAUUCUGGGUGGUGAUAUCGCAACGAUGGUGUAUCAAACACUUGCAAGUGUAAAGAAAGACGGCUGGACAUUUGCUACUGCUGUGACUUUGCUCAGCAUUAUAUUUGCUGGGAUGCAAGAAACCACCGCAUUCCCUUCUUGGAGAUUAGAGGAAGAAGCUCACGCCAGUGUGCUGCUCAUCGGGAUACGCAGAGAGGCCCGCUCACACGUGCUCCACUUGUCCCGGAGCAAGCGCUACACCCUCACCCCGGAGCAACUCAAGUGGGACCAGUUCAAGCUCACGUACAAAUUGCUGUCAUUUCCGACCAAUUUGAUAAAUGCCAGUGAAACGCGGCGUGGCUUCUACAAGGCGUUUGGCCUGUGGAGCGACGUGUCCCCCUUCAGCUUCAGAGAGGUGCCGGCUGACCAAGACGCUGACAUCAAAAUAGGGUUCUACCCAGUCAACCACACUGACUGCCUGCAGUCCUACCUGCACCACUGCUUCGACGGCAUCACCGGAGAGCUGGCCCACGCCUUCUUCCCUCCCACUGGGGAGAUCCACUUCGACGACGACGAGUACUGGAUUCUGGGAAACAUGCGUUACAGCUGGAAAAAAGGCGUAUGGCUGACAGACCUGGUCCACGUGGCCGUGCAUGAGAUCGGCCAUGCCCUGGGACUCAUGCACUCCUUGAACCCCAAUGCCAUCAUGCACCUGAACGCAACCCUGACAGGGCGCAAGCUGAUCACGCAGGACGAGGUGUGGGGUUUGCACCGGCUAUACGGAUGCUUGGACCGCCUAUUUAUCUGUCCGGCCUGGGCCCGGAAAGGCUAUUGCGACAGCAAGCGCAGACUCAUGAAGAAGCACUGCCCCUCCAGCUGUGAUUUCUGUUACGGUAAGAUAGAGCGCAGAGUGGACCCAGAGGAGGGAGGGAGAGCUCUCUCUCUCUCUCUCUCUCUCUCUCUCUCUCUCUCUCUCUCUCUCUCUCUCUCUCUCUCUCUCUCUCUCUCUCUCUCUCUCUCUCUCUCUCUCUCUCUCUCUCUCUCUCUCUCUCUCUCUCUCUCUCUCUCUCUCUCUCUCUCUCUCUCUCUCUCUCUCUCUCUCUCUCUCUCUCUCUCUCUCUCUCUCUCUCUCUCUCCCCUUCAGAGCCACUGAACCGCUGUCUGCCAAUGGAGCAGUUGGAGACCCCGCCAUUCA